AUGAACAAGAAAAAAAAUAUGGCAAUUGAUUUCCAGGACAAUAUGAUAUUAUUAACGAGGAAAUAUUUAAAACGUAAAAUUAUGUGUCCUGAAACAAAAUUUAGACAUCAUGUUAAAGAAAGAAUGCAUAUACUAGAACUGUUAAAAAGAACUGUGGAUAUGGGUGAAAGUAAUUCUGCUUUAUUAAUUGGACCUAGGGGUAGUGGAAAAACAACACUAAUAAACAGUAUUUUAAAAGAAUUAUCAUAUGUAAAAAGUUUUAAAGAAAAUGCAUUGAUAGUGAAUCUUCAUGGUCUUGUCCACACUGAUGAUCGAUUGGCUCUGAAAGAUGCUACACGCCAAAUGCAAUUAGAAAAUGCAGUUGGUGAUAAAGUUUUUGGCACAUUUGCUGAAAAUUUAACUUUUCUGCUUGAUUGCUUAAAAUCAGGUGAUAAGAAGCAUUCCAAACCAGUUGUAUUCAUAUUAGAUGAGUUUGAUUUAUUUUGUGAACACCACAAUCAAACUCUAUUGUACAAUCUAUUUGAUAUUGCUCAAUCUGCACAAGCACCAAUAUGUGUAAUAGGAAUGACUUGUAGACUAGAUGUUAUAGAACUCUUAGAAAAAAGAGUUAAAUCAAGAUUUUCUCAUCGGCAAAUAUUUCUAUUUCCUGGGGAUACAUCAUCCUCAGAACAACCAAUAUCUGCUUUUGAUGAUCGUUUAGAACUUUUUCAACAUCUUCUAAGCCUUCCUGAUGAUGAGAAUGUAAAUAGGAUAGAACAUCAAUAUGAUGAUUGCACGAUAGAUCCACAAUUUGGAUCUGUAUGGAAUGAGUAUAUAAAAAGUUUAGUUAGUAACCCCACUCUGGUAAAUCUGUUAAAAAGAAUGUAUCAGAUUGAUGUAAGUGAAAGAAGUUUUAGAAAUUUUUUGGCAAUGGCUGUUUCUACAUUAUCAGAAAAACAUCAAAGACUAGAAGUAAAUGAUUUUGUAGAAGCAAGUAAAAUGUUUUCUCAAGAUGAUAAAGUGUUGAUGCUUGAAGGAUUGUCUGUAUUAGAAAUAUGUUUAAUAAUAGCAAUGAAACAUGAAACAGAAAUUUAUGAUGGAGAACCAUUUAAUUUUGAGGCAAUUUACAAUCGUUACAUUAAAUUUGCUAAUCAAAAUUCUUCUAUACAGACUGUUCAAAAACCUGUUAUUAUGAAAGCAUUUGAACAUAUUAAGAAUUUGGAGUUUAUAUUGCCAGUGGGUGGUAUGAAUUCUAAAGUUGAAAAAGAAUAUCAAUAUUACAAAUUUUUACUUACCUCACAACAAGUUAUGGAAGCUGUAAAAAAUUAUUCUGGAUUGCCAACAGAAGUGUCUCAAUGGGCAGUGACUAACAUAUAA